GGGCUUGGGUGUUCAGAACAUAGUCAGACAGAUAUUCAGAUUAAAUCAUCCCUUUCUUUUACCGGUUUUCCUUAACUACAAAGAGCAAUGUGCAAAGGGCUCUCCUCCCUGCCCUCCACUUGCCUGGAGAAGGCUAAAGGGAUGCGGGUGAAGCUGAGCCAUCUGGCCGACACGCACCCAAAGCACAGGCUUCAAGAUGUAAAAACCCCUCAAGACCUGGAAACACUGCUGAACAACAAAACUGCUCUGCAGGCCUUUCGUGGGUUCCUGCGUUCAGAGUUUAGUGAGGAGAACCUUGAGUUCUGGCUGGCCUGUGAGGACUACAGGGUUUCCCCUUCAACCCUGCAGAAGACCAAGGCUGCAAGCAUCUACAGCCAGUUCAUCAACCCUGACGCCCCACAGGAGGUGAACCUGGACGCUGAGACCCGUGAGACUUUGUUGAGUACGAUGGACUCUCCAUGUGCCAACACAUUCGAUAAGGCCCAGCAGGGCAUCUUUAGUCUGAUGGCCAAAGACUCCUUUCCUCGGUUCCUGCGUUCCCAUCACUGCAUGGAGGCAAUUAAGGCUUUUUAAACAUACACACUGUUAAUUACCACAGACAUACUUUAGAAGCUUGUGCUGAGUAAUUAGCAGUGCUUGACAUGUUGAAUGUAAUUUACUAUAUUUAUAGGCCACCAUGAGCUGCACAUCGCAGCAACUGUAAUACAUCAGCUACAGAUGGCAUCAACUCAAUAUUUAAAUAAAG